AAAAAAAACACGAACAAAAACGCCCAAAACUGUCUUCUAAGAUUCCUCCCAAGCCCGCACUCUGGUCAAAGGGAUUUGACGAAUGAACAAAGGGCUGUUUCUACUGCGGAACUGGCCAACACGUUUAAAAAACAACAACUGUUACUGGCAGGUCAUUAAUUCUAUUCUGCAGUUACUGCGACUCGGCAGUUCCCGAAAAGAAAACUUGAAAACCACCAAGGCUGUUUUGUUUUGAUUCGUUUUUCAGAAACAACAAAUAUGUCCUCGGAAGUGCUGCCGGCAUCUCUUGAGACUCCUAACGUGGAAAGAAAGCCAGGCGUGGGUGAAGGUGAAGAGGAGGGACAGAAGCCAAGAUCAGAUGCAGGGACUGGGCCACUAUCUAAACGACAGAUGAAGAAGCUGCUGAAGCAAAAACAGUGGGAGGAGCAGCGAGAACUGCGCAAGGAAAAACGAAAAGAAAAGCGCAAGAGAAAGAAAUUAGAGCGACAGUGUCAGCUGGAGUCCGGCUCCGACGGAAGUGACAGGAAGCGCAUUCGAAGACACGCUGUUCAUAGCAGCCUCCGCCUCAUCAUCGACUGCAGUUUCGAUGAUUUGAUGGUGUUAAAGGAUAUUAAGAAACUUCAUAAGCAGAUUCAACGAUGUUAUGCAGAAAAUCGACGUGCAUCACAUCCUGUACAGUUUUAUUUGACAAGCCAUGGCGGUCAACUGAAAAAGAACAUGAAUGAAAAUGACAAAGGAUGGGUCAACUGGAAGGAUAUCCACAUCAAAUCAGAGCACUAUAGUGAACUCAUAAAGAAAGAAGAGCUGGUUUAUCUGACGUCAGACUCUCCUAAUGUACUGAAGGACUUAGAUGAGUCAAAGGCCUAUGUGAUUGGAGGGUUAGUGGACCACAACCAUCACAAGGGACUCACAUUUAGACAAGCGUCCAGUUACGGAAUUGAACAUGCACAGCUCCCUCUUGCAGAUUUUGUGAAGAUGAAUAGUCGAAAAGUCCUGGCGGUUAACCAUGUAUUUGAAAUUAUCCUGGAAUUCUUGGAAACGAGAGACUGGCAAGAGGCCUUUUUUACCAUCUUACCCCAACGGAAAGGAGCUGUUCCUGCACAUAAAGCCUGUGAAAGCUCUCCUCAGGACCAGCAGCCCCAGCCAGAAGGGUGGGACAGUUCCAACGAGGGAGAGCAUUGCAGGAAUCACCCCGACUCACCACAGAAAGAAGAGCAGGGCCCGCAGAGCAGCCCGGUGUCCUCAGUGAGCCCUGUCCCACAGUGACCAACCUUCCCUAGCUGUCCUUCCACUGAGGGAGCGUCUGGAGAGUGUGGCGCCUCACAGAAUACUCAGACUACAAGAACACUAAUUUUCCUCUCAACCCUGUUGUGGAAUUUAGAGUCAAAUGAUAAUGAAAAACCUUUUAAGCACCAAGAAA